AUGACAUCUCGUGUGGGCCCUCAAGCUUCAGGUACAGAUGGGAGUGACUUCAAACACAGAGAGAAUGUGCCCCCGCAGUACCAGUUGAGUGCCUUGAUAAAGUAGGAGUUGCGGAAGCUCAACUUUGUCCACCUUCGGCUGUGGCUCGUGGUGGCGGCCCAGCCGAAGCAAACUCGACCUGGUGCCCAGCGACCCUGGCGUCCCUACAGAUGAUAGUACCCCUACCUGAUCAGUUUCUUUCCACUGGUCACCAGCAGCCUGUCGCUGUCCAAGAACAACAUCAGCUGCCUAGUGAUCUCCAUGAUCAGCUCAGGCCUGUUCUCCAUCGCUCGACUCUUCUACGGCAUCAUGGAGAUGCUCGGCGAGGCCCAGUAGCUUUACUGCCAAGGCAAGGCCUACCGCUUCGUCUUUGGCUGGGCGGAAGUCACCGUCAUGUACCUGGUUAUAGUUGUGGCGGUGCAGGUGGAUGCCUGUCAGAUAUACUACAGCAAGAAACUGCUGGACGCCUGGUUCUAUUUCACACAGGAGAAGAAAAAUAGAUGA